UGGAGAACAAUCAACAGUUAAAGCGAGUGAAAGUGAAAAGAUUUAUACGGAUUAACCAGUUUUGGAAAACUGAUAUUUCACGACCUUAGUAUGCUCCGAAGCAGUCUAGAAACUGCAUUAAGGUGUAGUUGUUGCUAUUCAACGCCAAGCGAAGUAAUUUCAGAGGAAGAGUUUAAUGAGCAAAAAAUUAGUGAAGAAUUAGAAAAAUACGAUGUUGAGUUAAACGCUGCUAAAAAAUUGCUGCUAUUAGGCACUGGUGAAGCAGGCAAGUCCACUUUCUUCAAACAAAUGCACAUCAAUUAUGGGGAUGGUUUCUGUGAUGAAGCGAAGAACGAAUAUAAGCGGGUCAUACACCAAAAUAUUUUCACAGCCAUGCAGUCCAUGCUUCAUGCGAUGGAUGUACUGAGAAUCCCAUUCGAUAAAUCAGAGCAUGCGGUUCUGGCAAAAACCCUGCUGGCUACCAAUAUCGAAACUGUAACCACUUUGGAGGCGUCAGCAGUUCAAACCAUAAAAUGUCUGUGGGCCGAUGCGGGUGUGCAAAAGUGCUAUGAUCAGCGCAGGAAAUAUCAGCUCAUCGAUUCUGCUAAAUAUUUUCUUAAUAAGCUGGAUUGCGUGGCCCAUCCAGAUUACAUACCCAAUAACGAUGAUAUAUUGCACUCGCGUUUGGUAACUACUGGAAUAGUGGAGCACGUUUUCGAUACCCAACGGAACAGACCAAAACGUAAUAGUGUCAAACGACCAUUGCUUCGGGUAAUAGAUGUUGGCGGUCAACGAACAGAACGGCAAAAAUGGCUACAGUGUUUCGAUGAUGUGACGGCUAUCAUUUUCCUUACGUCACUUUCCGAAUACGAUCAGACAUUGUAUGAGGCGCCAGGUUUGAAACGUAUGGACGAGUCCAGAGAUCUGUUUCGUUACAUCGUAGCGUCGACAUAUUUUAAGGAAUCGUCUAUAAUUUUAUUCCUAAAUAAACAAGACAUAUUGGAAGAAAAGAUAAUGUCAUCCCAUUUGGUAGACUACUAUCCAGACUUUAACGGUCCCAAGCGAAACGCUGUCGCCGCCAAGGCUUUCAUAGGUAAAAUGUUUGAAGUGACACUUCAAGACAAAGAUAAGCAAUUAUAUAUGCACUACACGUGUGCAACUGAUACCAAAAACUUUCGUGUUGUAUUUCUAGUGGUACAGGAUACAAUAAUGCGCAGUUAUCUUAAUUCCAUGGGCAUCGAUUAAACUACGUUCACAGACAAAAGCCGU